AUGGGAUACUUUAGGUACUUAUUAGGGAUCCAAAUGUUAUAUGCGGUGGCGUAUACAUCAACAUUGCCGUUCGUGACAUCAGAAAAUAAUGAUUCAUCAAUCUUAUCUACAGCAAAAACCAAUAAUUCAUCAAUGGCUUCUUCAACAAAAAAUAAUGAUUUAUCAAUCGCACCUAUAACAAAAAUCAAUAAUUUAUCAGUGAUGUCUAGAACAGUAAAUAAUGAUUCAUCAUUGACGUCUCCAACAAAUAAUAAUGAUUCUUCAAUAGCAUUGUCACCAGAUGAAAAUAACAAUUCAUCAACGGCGCCGUCAGGUUUAAAUGAUGACAUCGUAAUAUGUGUUAGAGAUUGUAUGCGUAUCUGCAUGAAUUUAGACAACGCCACCUCGCACGAUUGCGAGGGUGCUUGUCGCAAGGGAUGUAGACCAUUGAUUUCUAGGAAAGAAAUAGUAUCACUUGGUAAUAUUAAUAGUUCAGAUUUCAUUGUAGACAAAUUCAAUAAGCCUCUUGAUAAACCUAAUUAA